AUUAUAAAGCAAUAUGAAAAACACAAGUUAAUAAACAGAAAUGGAAAUGACACAUAAAAUUAGAAGAAGAGUGAUACUUUUAAUUAUCUGUUCAUUUCUGAGUUAUUUUACUCCAACUAUUUGCACUGAGUCUGAUAUUGCUUGCUUGAAAUUGAUAAAAGCUUCCUUACAAGACCCUUACGGAUAUUUUACUUCAUGGACCUUUAACAACAACACAGAAGGUUUCAUAUGCAGAUAUACUGGAGUAGAAUGCUGGCAUCCUGACGAGAACAAGAUCAUAAAUCUCAGACUCUCUGACAUGGGGCUCAAAGGUGAGUUUCCUAGGGGUAUCAAACAUUGUACUAGCUUAACAGGCUUAGAUCUCUCCAGCAAUGAACUUCAGGGUUCAAUUCCGUCUGACAUCCAACGCUUACUACCAUAUGUCACAAGCCUUGACCUGUCUUCCAACAAUUUCUCUGGCGAAAUCCCUUCGAGCAUUGCUGAUUGUUCUAAUCUGAAUGCUCUGAUUCUUUACAAUAAUCGUCUAACUGGUCGAAUUCCGCAGCAAAUAGGUCUUCUCCGACGGAUCAAGACCUUCAGCGUGGCACAUAAUCUGCUAUCAGGACCGGUGCCAAACAUUGCGAAUGUUUCUAUACGAGCUGACAGUUAUGCAAAUAACAGUGGACUCUGCGGAGGGCCAUUAAUUAAAAGAUGUAAAGAGCAUCAUCAUCAUCAAGCAAUGAAAUUUGAUUUUUCGUUCAAAGGUGGGUUUGCAAUUGGAUACUUGGUUAGUGUAGUUACGGUGAUUGUGGUGUAUGCAUCUUACUGUGUACCUUGGGUGCAUUCUGGUCAAAGGAACAAGAUGAUCACUGUUGCAGCUAUGAUCUUGCUGAUGAUCAGGCAGAAGAAGAAAAAGGAGGCAGAGUUUGACCAAUUCAAUAGCUUGUCCGCUAUGGAGUUUCUAGAUCAGAUGCAGGUUUCCACUUCGGAAAAGUUUGUUACAAGAAUGAAUUUUAAAGAUCUAAGCAAGGCAACUAAUGAUUUCAGCCAACAUAAUAUCAUUGAAUUGGGUGAAAUAGGAACUACAUUUAAAGCCACUCUUGCCAAUGGUUGGUCCCUUGCUGUCAAGAAAUUUUCCAACUCUCAACAAUCUGAAGAACAAUUCAUCACCGAGUUGAAAACAUUAGGAAAACUAAGACAUGAUAAUCUACUACCACUUCUCGGAUUCUGCAAAGAAUCAAAGAAAAGACUACUGGUUUAUAAAUACAUGUCGAGAGGACACCUUUUCGACUGGUUACAUCCAACAGAAAGCGAGAACAAGAAGAAAAUUCUUAAAUGGCCUUUGAGGGUAAAAAUUGCAGCUGGUGUAGCAAGAGCCUUGGCGUGGCUGCACCAUUGCUGCGAGUUUCGUGUUGCCCAUCUCUCCAUAAGCUCACAGUGCAUUCUGCUAGAUCAGAAUUUCGAACCAAAAUUGUCCAACUUCGGGAUGUCUUCGAUGAUUAAUCCCAAAGAAGUCAAUGCGAGCAGGGGAUUUUGCAUGGACAUCGAAUUCUGGGAAGAGUGUUUUAUUAAAGAAGAUGUUUUCAGCUUUGGAAUUGUGCUUCUUGAACUAAUUACUGGAAAAACCGCUACCUCUUUAAAAGGUUCGGAUGAAAGCAUGGAGAAAUUAAUAACUGAAGCUCCUUCGAAUAGUUCUUUAAGUGUAUGCGAUUUAAUGGACGAAGCUCUGAUAGGGCAAGGACAUGAUCAAGAGAUCUUUCAAUGCCUUAAAAUAGCUUGUAAUUGUGUUCAUAGCUAUCUUCAGAAAAGGCCGAGUAUGCUCGAUGUGUACACAACACUUAGCAUCAUUAGUGACAGUUAUGAGGUAUAA